GAUGAUGGUGGCCACGAUCGCGAUGGCGAUGUUCUCGAUGGUCGAGAUGACGACGGUAGUUGUGACGGUCACGCUGAAGACGGCGAUGACGACGAUGGCAGUGGUGACGGAGCGUGGUCACGGUCACGGUGACGAUGGCGAAGCUGUAUCCUACAGGAGGCGUCGAGAGUUCCAGUCCCAGCGGCUGGAGUCUCUGCUGAGCGAGGCUGGCGUGGAGGCGACGACGCCGCUGCUGCCCGUGGCACCCCGGGCGGUCUACAGAGCCGUGAGGGGGGCUGGGAGCCGCGGAUACCCCCCAUUCCUGCCUCUAGAGGUGUUUGACGAUGAGGAGAGUGAGUGCCGAACUCCUGAGGAGUGGCUGUCUCUGGGUCUCGAUUCGGAAUCUGGAAUCCGCAAGCCCGUUCCGGCCCGGGCUUUCCUCCCAUUGGACGAGAAGAGCAAAUCUGCGAUGUCCUGGGUGUCCGUGGGCGUGCUGGACUAUGACCACUCCACGCGGCUGUACCUGGUGCAGCGCGCCGAUGCCAACGGCCGUGUCCGUUUGGCCCCCAAGGGUGACCCCCCCCACCGAGCGUGGUUGCCCCGCGUGUUGGUGGCGUUCCACGCGGAGGAUCCUCGCCGCUUUGCCGCCCGCGUCGCCCGUGCCGUGGCGUGUCGCCGCGACGCCCAGGUGGCGCUGCUACACUGCCUGGCCCUUGACUGCGUGCCGCAGCCACGCCCCUCGUCACCGCGGCCACCCACGGCAGCCGGGAUGGGGGUCGCGGCGGAGGGCGGUGGCUUGGACGGGGAGAUGCGGGCACGCGUGACGUCACGCGUGGGGGCACUCGUGGGCAGAGCCGGGCUGGAGUGCUGCGUGGAGCGUCUCUGGCUGGAGGUCUCCGUUCAGCACGCCGGGGCGCUCAGCCGCCUGCAGUUCCACCGCCUCGUGGCCUCGUCACCGCAGCGUUUCCCCUUCAUCAGCACGCCGGCGGAGCCGCCAGAGCCGGUGGCACCGCUCGCUCACACCGCAGCCCGUGUGCGUCACCUGCCCCCGUUCCCCUUUGCGGAGCGUCUGGCCGCCUUCCGCUUCCGCUCGCUGCUCACGCACGAGGCGGCUCUGCGGGCUCUGUACUGCGCCAAUGUCGAGUGUGGACGCCUCUCCACCUCGUCCACCUCCUCCACCUCCUCCACCUCGUCCAUGUGCCUCUUCCACAUCAGCGCGGGCGGCAAGCCCCAGCGGCUGGCCGACUUCCGGCAGAUGCACGCGCAGACGCAGGCCCAGGUGCAGCUCUUCCUGUGCGACUCGUGGCUGCCGUCGCUGGCCCAGUCCCUGCGCGCCGCCCUGCUGGCCGGUGGCGCCGGUGGCGCCGGUGGUGCCACCGGCGCCACCGGCGCCACCGGCGCCGCCCCGACGCUGGACCCCGGCGAGCGCCGCUGGUCCUCGUACCGCCGCUCCAAGCUGCGCCGCCUGCUGGAGGCCGUGCGCCUGCGCACGGAGCACGCCCUGCGGGGCCUGGCCCUGCACUCGGCCGGCGCCUUCGCGCGGACGCUGCAAGACGCCUGCCAGGGCGGUGCCGGUGGUGGUGGUGGUGUCACCGGUGCGGAGGAGGCACCGGGCACGUUGGUGUGGGGUCCGGAUCUCAUCAACAGCCCCUACAAGAGGGGCCCUCUGUUUGCUGUGGACCUGUCCAUGGACUCUGCUGGGGUCCACUUCAGCACCCCGCUGGAGCUCUUUGAGCCGACCGUUGUGGAGCUGUUUGACAGCGGCAUCCGUGCCACGCACAACGUGCCCCAUCUGGAGAAGUCGACCGUUGUGGAGCUGUUUGACAGCGGCAUCCGUGCCACACACAACGUGCCCCAUCUGGAGAAGCCGACCGUUGUGGAGCUGUUUGACAGCGGCAUCCGUGCCACACACAACGUGCCCCAUCUGGAGAAGCUGGUGCUCCAGGGCAUGUUCUUCAGUGGCACUCCGUUGCUCCAGUCCGUGUGUCUCCACGAGCCCGCUGUGGAGGAGCUGCGCUCGUCGCUGGCUGCGUGCGUGCGCAGGGCGCUGGAGCCAGCGCGAGCCUACGCAGACUCUCUACGGCCACUCCUGCACCUGUACAACGCCGACCCGGAGCAGCACGCCAGGGAGCACGUGUCGGAGGCGAGCGACGUGGAGUCGGUGCGCGCGGAGCUCCGUCGCCUGCGCGCGGAGCUCCGUCGGGUGGAGGCGUCGCUGCCGCCGGCCAUCGUGGUUGGGCCGCUGUGGGUGGGCGUGGAGGAGCUGCGGCGUCAGCUGGCACGCCGGUGCCAGGGGCUGGCCACCGCCACGCUGGGGGCGCUGGCGCGGACGCUCAGGCGCCAGGCGGACGCG